UGCGGAAGCCCCGUGAAACCCCUUAAUCGGAAGUGAGACUUUCAGGCAAAAUGGCUGGUGCUGAUGGAGAUGACUCUCUGUAUCCUAUUGCUGUUCUUAUUGAUGAACUGAGGAAUGAGGACGUACAGUUGCGUUUGAACAGUAUCAAGAAGCUGUCUACUAUUGCUUUGGCUCUUGGUGUGGAAAGAACUCGAAGCGAGCUCUUGCCUUUCCUUACAGAUACUAUUUAUGAUGAAGAUGAAGUGCUGUUGGCCCUUGCUGAACAACUGGGAAGCUUCACAUCCCUUGUUGGAGGUCCUGAAUAUGUUCACUGCUUAUUGCCACCAUUGGAGAGUCUGGCAACUGUAGAAGAGACAGUAGUACGUGACAAAGCGGUGGAAUCUCUUAGGAGGAUAUCUAUUGAGCACUCUCCAGUUGAUCUAGAAGUUCAUUUUGUGCCCUUGGUGAAACGUCUUGCUAGUGGUGACUGGUUCACGUCUCGUACCUCAGCUUGUGGUCUGUUUAGUGUGUGCUAUCCCCGAGUAUCCAGUACUGUUAAAGCAGAGAUUAGACAACAUUUCCGCAACUUGUGUUCAGAUGACACUCCUAUGGUCCGCCGUGCUGCUGCUUCUAAGCUGGGAGAAUUUGCCAAGGUUUUGGAACUAGAAUAUGUGAAGAGUGACAUUAUUCCCUUGUUCACAAAUCUGUCUUCUGAUGAACAGGACUCUGUUCGUCUUUUAGCAGUGGAAGCUUGUGUCAGCAUAGCUCAAUUACUUCCACUAGAAGACUUAGAAGCAUUGGUCAUGCCAACGUUACGGCAGGCAGUCGAAGAUAAGUCAUGGCGUGUGCGCUAUAUGGUGGCUGAUCGGUUUUCUGAGCUUCAGAAAGCUGUGGGCCCAGAAAUCACAAAGAACGAUUUAGUUCCUGCUUUCCAGAAUUUGUUGAAAGACUGUGAAGCAGAGGUCAGGGCUGCUUCUGCAAACAAAGUUAAAGAGUUUUGUGAGAAUUUGCCAGAUGAUAGCAAGGAGUCUGUCAUUAUGAAUCACAUUCUACCAUGUGUCAAGGAGCUGGUAACAGAUGCCAAUCAACAUGUGAAGUCCGCCUUAGCUUCUGUUAUAAUGGGUCUCUCAGCCAUACUUGGUAAAGAGAACACAAUCGAACAUCUUCUUCCUUUAUUUUUAGCGCAGCUUAAGGAUGAGUGUCCUGAGGUUCGUCUGAAUAUUAUUUCCAACUUAGACUGUGUAAAUGAAGUAAUUGGAAUCCAUCAGCUGUCCCAGUCUUUACUUCCUGCUAUUGUGGAGUUGGCUGAAGACGCCAAGUGGAGAGUGAGGCUGGCAAUCAUAGAAUAUAUGCCACUCCUUGCAGGGCAACUGGGUGUCGAAUUCUUUGAUGAAAAGCUGAAUUCCUUGUGCAUGGCUUGGCUUGUAGACCAUGUUUAUGCAAUUAGAGAAGCUGCAACUAACAACUUAAUGAAGCUGGUUGAAAAAUUUGGUGCAGAAUGGGCUCAGAACAAUAUUAUUCCCAAAGUGCUGACAAUGGCUAAUGACCCAAACUACUUGCACCGAAUGACUACACUCUUUUGUAUUAAUGUACUGUCUGAAGCCUGUGGCCAGGAAAUUACAACUAAGCAGAUGUUGCCUAUUGUGCUGAAAAUGUCUGGAGACCUCGUUGCAAACGUGCGCUUUAAUGUAGCAAAGUCAUUACAGAAAAUUGGCCCAAUUUUGGAUGAAAAUACACUUGAAAAUGAUGUCAAGCCAGUACUGGAAAAACUGGGACAAGACCAAGACAUGGAUGUCAAGUAUUUUGCUCAGGAAGCCAUGGCUGUUCUUUGCCUGUCUUAAGGAGAACCAGCAUGAAAGAGAAGGAACCAUCUCAGAAUCAUGUUAAGAGCGUGUUACAGUUAAUUACAGACGCAAAGGGGCAACUUCCAGCUUAUAUUGAGCAUAAAUAAUUGCUGAGAAAGAUUAGGUUCCUUUUAAGGACAAACUGCAGUUUUAUAAUUUGUAUAUACCACAAGCAAUUAUGUUGAGUUGUGUAUGUCAUGUGCUUUGUAUGCAGACUUGCAUUUACUAGAAUUCUUUUGUGAGUGAGCAAGCAAGGGAUUGUCAUGUAUUUUUUUUUCUGAUAAAGGUAACCACUAAAUAUCGUCAUGCACUGACUUCAGAGCCCCUUGUAACACACUUUUUGGGAAUGUUGGAUAAUGCCAAGCCAAAUUCAGUUGCAUUUAAACACUGUUAAAAGAUUUAGCAGACAGAUUUUUAUGUUCUUUUCAGCCAGGUGUUCUCUGCUGAUGGUAUUCAUCGCUGUGUUUUGCAGUGGAAGCCUUCCAUGUAAGAUAUUCCAGAAAUUACAAAUUUGUUCUUGCCAUGGCUGGUCCUGGCUAUGAUAACAUAGCUUCACUGUCUUCAUAGUUAGGCUGUUAGUUUUGCUGCAGGUUGUACAUUGCUUACCAGUGCAUCUUUUCAGUCCUUUGGUGGUUCUUUUUCAUUGUAUAAUUGUGGACAUCCACUGAAUGCAUUAUAACAUUUUAUUUAAUCGGAUGACAUGAGUGGAUGGACAUGAAAAGUUAACUGUUAUGUUGAUGGUUAGUACUUCUGGAGAUGUAUACUGGUGAUAUUGGAAUAGCAUGGAAUGGUGUGUCUGAAGCAUUGGUAAAAAGAGUGGUAAUUUCAAGACUGGACUACAGUGGCCUUGGCAUACUGUUACAAGAUGACUUAAAAACAGCAGUAUAAACAGACCAAAUAUUGUAAGAGACUAAAAUGUGGUUCGCAUCCUGCCUCCCCCCUGAAACUGUUUAGCUAUUGUAAGGAUGUAGUUAUAAGUGAUGCACGUUUCAUAGACUGCAUCUGUCUUAUUGUGAGGAAGACUGACAAUACCAUGAAAUGACCGUUCUUUAUAGUGUUGCUUUGGUAGAGUGGUAGCCAUUUCUCAACUGUUACUUGGUUGUGUAUUAUUUGUGCCAUAAAGGUGAGGUUUAGGAAUGGACAGCCGUCACAAUGGCAGGUGUUAAGUUCACCCUUACCCCCAGAGGGACAGUAGACUUGCCCAUGAUGCUGAUAAACCGAGUUUGUAGCUUACGUGGUUCUGCAGGACUGACCCAAAUGAGAUGAGCAUUCAGCUUUGUCUGUGAAAUGGAGAAUUUCCUAUCCUUGGACAUUUCAUUCCAUGAAUAGAGAUCAGAGUUUGUCUUUAGACAGCAGCAAGCAUGGAGCAGGGCCUUCUAAGCCAGGUGAGGAGUCCAUUCAGACACAUGGUUACAGCUUGCUUUUUCAAGUCCCAUAUCUUGCCCCUGAUGGACAGGGCCUGGUAAGGCAUUGUUACAGAAAAGUCCCAUUUACUGUUAUCACAAAGGCCAGAAGUUCUGACCACUAGUGUUUACCCUUAAAUGGGAACAACUUAGUGUUGAUAGGUAGUUAGUGAAGACCUGUUUUUAAGUUGUGGAGGUCCAAAAAUAUGGACCAGAAGUCAGAUUUUACACAAACACUGCACAUAGCUACCAGGAAUUGUUGCAGCCUUGUAAGUAAAGAACCAUGCAUUUGUUUGGGGAUAGUAUUGUCUUGAGAUGAAAAUAUGUAGUCUUGGAAAGACAGCUGGACAAGGCCAGUCAGCAGACUUGUAGGUUUAAUAAAGUGGGUUGGUGUGAUGUGCAAUAGAAACAUGUUUGUGUCUCGGUUAAGAGGAAUUUUAUAUGUACUGAUUAUCCUAGCACAUCUUUGUACAAUUGUUAAAAGGUUGGUUGUUGCCAAGCCAUUCCUUGACACUAAAUAAACUUAACUGAUUUUCUCAGGCCUA